CUUUUGGAUGAUAGAGAAUCUAUGCUCACCAUCUGUUUGUUCCUUUUCCCCCAUGACAUGACCCCACCCUCUCCACACACAAACAAACAAAAACAGCAACAGUUUUUUAUUUUAUUUAUUUAUUUGUUUUUCACUCCCCUUCUCCUCCCCCAAUAAAUAAUUUCAAAAAGUUGUUGAUUGAAGUAAACACUUCCUCAAAAUUUUUUUUUUUUUUAAUUUGCCUUAGCAUCCUCUCUAACUGACAGACAAAAAUACCAAUCCAAAGUACACCCCCUAAAGAAAAACACAAAAGUUCCUUUUUUUUUAUUAUUGUGAUUUUCUUAAUUAAAUUUGCAUUUUUAUUUUUAAAUCAAAGUUUUGUUUUUUUGUUUGUUUGUUUGUAGUUGUUGUUAUUUGUAUUUUUAUGGUGGCCGGCGAUGCCGACGCCGGUAAGUACAGCUCGGCAAUGCUUAACGGAAGAAGCGGCGCGUGCGUUAGACGAGGCGGUGGCGGUAGCUCGUCGAAGGAGCCAUGCGCAAACGACAUCACUCCAUGCAGUGUCGGCGCUGCUUUCCUUACCGUCGUCCACUCUCCGAGACGCGUGUGCACGCUCAAGAAGCAGCGCGUACCCAUCGAGACUUCAAUUCCGGGCGUUGGAACUUUCCGUCGGGGUUUCGCUCGACCGUUUGCCUUCAUCGAAGACCGUCGAGGACCCUCCGAUCUCCAAUUCCUUGAUGGCGGCAAUCAAACGGUCACAAGCCAAUCAACGGCGCCAUCCAGAAAGUUACCAUUUACAGCAAUUACACAGUAACAAUAAUAAUAACAAUAACGCCACCGGUUGUUUCCAAACGGCGUCGCUUUUGAAGGUUGAGCUCAAAUACUUCAUUUUAUCUAUUCUCGAUGACCCGAUUGUUAGUCGGGUUUUUGGGGAAGCUGGGUUCCGGAGCUGUGACAUAAAGUUAGCUUUAGUUUACCCGCCGGUAACUCAAGUUUCCCCUCGGUUUUCACGCACCCGUUGCCCACCUAUUUUUUUAUGUAACUUAACGGAUUCAGUUUCGGAUCGAGUCGGGUUUAAUUUUCCGUUCUCGGGUCAAGAAGAUGGGUUUGAUGAGAAUUGUAGGAGAAUUGGUGAAGUGAUGGUUAAAAAGAGCGGUAAAAGCCCGCUGCUUGUUGGGGUUUGCGCCAUGGAAGCUUUAAGGGGUUUUACAGAGAGUUUAGCGAGAGGGAAAUCUGGUUUCUUGGGUGGGGAUUUGGCUGGGUUGAUUGUAAUUUCGAUUGAAAAGGAGGUUAGUGAGUUUGUUACUGAAGGAAAUGAGGAAAAUUUGGGGUUAAAGAUGAAGGAAAUGGAAGGUAUUUUGGAGAAGUGCAAUGGGUCUGGAAGAGGAGGAGUGGUUUUAAAUUUUGGGGAUUUAAAAGGGUUGGGUUUGGAUGGGAUUUUAAGUGAUUCUGUUAGUUCUUUGGUUUUGAAAUUAACAGGUUUAAUGGAAGUUUAUAGGAGGAUACUAUGGUUGAUUGGAGCUGUGGCUAGUGUUGAAAUGUAUAGGAAGUUCUCCGAUAAGUUUCCGAAUAUAGAAAAGGAUUGGGAUUUGCAUUUGUUGCCUAUUACUUCUUCCAAGAGUUCUUUUGAUGCGGCUUACUCCAAAUCCAGCUUGAUGGGGUCCUUUGUUCCAUUUGGUGGCUUCUUUCCUACACCAUCAGAUUUGAGAAGUCCAUUUAGUGGCAGAAACCAAUCUAUCACUCGGUGUAACCUUUGCAAUGAGAAGUAUGAACAAGAAGUUGCUGCUAUUCUGAAGGUAGGAUCAACAGUUUCAGUUGCUGAUCAGUAUUCAGAAAAUUUGCCUUCUUGGUUACGGAUGGCAGCAGUUGAUACGAGCAAGGGAGAGGAUGUGGUAAAGACUAAAGACGAUGAAACCAUGUUAGGUGCUAAAGUUUUGGGGUUGGAGAAAAAAUGGAAUGAUAUUUGCCAACGUCUCCAUCACACUCCACCAUUCCCCAAGUUAGAUAUUACUUCCUCCUUGUCCCAAGUUCCAAUAGUUGAGGGCCCUCAGUUUGCCACGGACAAGAAGCAAAGAAGUGGUGAAGAUCCGUCUAUCAAUGAAAGUAGAUUUCCAAAUCAGAGUCCCAACACACAAAUGCACAAGCAAAAGAUUUUUCCAAGAAAACUUAACAUACCGACACCACAUACUUCUGAAGCUGAGAAUAUGAAUUUCCAGUCCAGGUUACUUGUAGAUGUUUCAAGCCUAGCUCAUGAUACAGAUAAGGAUUUGCCCUGCUUUACCCAUCAUCGUCGGCGAAAUCUGAGCUUUUGUCCUGCAGGCACACCAUCUUUAUUUGUUGCUCCUGUCACCACAGAUUUAAAGUUAGGAACAAUAUAUGCAUCAACCAGUCAGGAAUCAAACACCACAAAACUGGUAGAUCAUAAAGAACAUCUUCAGUGCUUCUCAGGUUCCAUAUCUGCUAAAUUCGAUGCAAAUAGCGAGAAUACUUCGUAUCAAUUUGCUGAAUCUUCAUCAUGUUCUGGUCUUACAUCAGGGGAGCAUUUUGAUCAAGGAGAUUACAAGUACAUUAGGAAAGUUCUUGCUGAAAAAGUUAGCUGGCAAGACGAAGCUGUAAAUUCUGUUAGCCAAGCGGUAUCCCAAUUAAGGAGCAGGUAUGGAAGCCGCGGUUGUGUAAACUGUAAAGGGGAUAUUUGGCUUACUUUCCUUGGACCUGACAGAGUAGGAAAAAGAAGAAUUGCUUCAGCACUUGCUGGGGUGUUAUUCGGCAGCCAGGAAUACUUAAUAUCUGUGGAUUUGAGCUCACAAGACAAAGUUAGCCCGUCAAACUCGAUUUUUGAAUGCCAAGAGUUUAAUGGUUAUGAUGUGAAGUUUAGAGGGAAAACAGUUUCCGACUUCAUUGCUGAGGAGCUGAGAAAGAAACCCCAUUCUGUUGUCUUCCUUGAGAAUGUGGAUAGGGCUGAUUAUUACGUCCAACAUAGUUUGGACCAGGCUAUUAGAACAGGUAAAUUUCCUGAUACGCAUGGGAGAUAUAUCAGCAUCAACGAUGUGGUUCUUAUUACAACGACAGCCAUCACAAAAGGUAAUAUUAAUGCCCCCGGUGAAAAGAAGCCCUUGAAAUUCUGUGAGGAAAGAAUACUCGGAGGCAAAAGCUGGCAAAUGCAAAUCUUAGUUGGUGCUGUUUCUGAUGAUGUCAGCAGAAGCAAUGACACAGCCACCAGAGUUACAACAAUAAAAGAAGCUUCCAUUUCUGCAUCUCUUAAUAAAAGAAAGCUGAUCGACACUGUUGAGUCUUCUGAGUUGGAAAAAACGGACACACAAGAACCAGUACACAAGGUGUCUAGGUCCUGUCUAGAUUUGAAUCUCCCUGUGGAGGAGACAGAGAGGGACAUCGGUUUGGGGGACUCUCAAAGUGAGUCUCUCUCUGAGAACUCAGAAGGUUGGUUAGAAGAAUUCUUUAGCCAAGUACAUAAAAAGAUACUUUUCAAGCCAUUUGAUUUUGAUGGACUUGCGAUUAAAAUUGUAAAGGAAGUCAGCUCACAAUUUCAGAGGACUGUUGGAUCUGAGGUUCUGUUGGAGAUUGAUCAAGACGUCAUGGUACAAAUACUUGCGGCUGCCUGGUUAGCAGACAAAAAGGGUGUGGUAGAAGAUUGGCUUGAAAAAGUGCUCGGAAGAAGCUUUGCUGAGGCUCAGCAUAAGUACAAUCUCACUCCUCAGUCUGUUGUGAAACUAGUUGCCUGUGAAGGUGUUGUUAUGAAAGAGCAAGCUCCUGGAAUAUGUCUUCCUGCAAAAAUUAAUCUGAACUGAUUUUUUUUUAUGCUGUAAUUAAAUGUAUAAUGUAGCGUCUAGUAUCUAAAGGCCUUGUUGGGCAAGUAUUCCCGUAAUUCUUUUGGGUAAUAGUUUUGUGUUGUAGUGAAAGCAGUCAAAGAAUGUAUAAUAUGCUUGUUGUCCAAAGAGUAACGGGGUUACCUUAUGUUCAGCUUGCCUGGAUUACCUUGAUUCAUUUAUAAUCCUACCUUCCCGAAGUCAAAGCUCGCAUACAGAGACUCAAAGGGCAAAAUGGUGCUGAUACUUUGCAAGUAGUCAAUUGAUGAAUCAGCCAUAAAACUUUUUCCUCCAGAAACCAUCCCAU